CGUGAUUGGUUGGUUCAGGGGUACUUAUUCUAGGGACGGGUGCUCCCCAGGGGUAGAAGAAAAAGAAUGUUAAGUUUUCCUGAAUAAACUGCUAGAAGAAGAGCUUUGGUGUUGCGUCGUCAUUGCUGGUCAAAGGCGAACGCGACAGCUUUGUCCAAGAAGGACAUCAAAAGCUUUGUUUCAUACUGCUUCCUCAGCAUUAAUGCGUUUAUUUUUCACAAGAACCACGAGACAGGUAUCUCCAUUUUGCAAAUUAAAAUGCUGAGUUUGAGGGCAGGUGGUCACAAGUCAUCGGCGACCCAGCACAGCGGCACCACGUGAACUUAGAAUCUUAAAAGUCCACGCUCUCAAAGGGCUUAUAAUGACGAUCCUGGAGAGUUCACAAACGAUUGCCUAAGAAAUAUUAAAGCUCCAAAUUCAACGGAGAUCAAUGCGAUAUACAAGCUCUAAAACCGAAAUAAUCCUAAGGGCCAUGUAUGCAUUCCUUUUUAUUAGAUGCUCUGUGUCUAACCCCACUCCCCCAAAAUGGCAGAAAGGGGCUGUAAAAGACUGCGAGCGAAGUGGAUUUGCUUGGAGAAACACAGGCUGGCUGAGGUUCCACACAUCCCACGGGGCAGAGCCAGCAAGGUAUGGGACCUGGAACAGAACCCUUCAACGAGCGAACCAAGCUCCUGGUGUUCCAUCCUCUGACGCCACAGCAGGAUGGAGCGCGCUUGGCCCCGCGGACUGGGCUCAAAGUCGUGAGCGGAGCUCGUCCAGCCAGCUGUCCUCCUCAAUGUCACAGUCUCCUGGCUCGCCCUUCCCCCGCACCCUGGCGGGCUGCCCAGCUCCUCCUAGAGCUGACUCAGAGCUCUUGCGGUCUCUUGGCCGCGCAGCUCGCGGCUGCCAUGGCAACCGUACGCCGCCACCGCCUCUUCACGCACGUCGCGAACUAACGGACUCUGCGUGGGCCCGCGCCCCACCCCCACCCCCACCCCACCCCACCCCACUCGAAUCGCGUCACGGACGGCCCGCCGACCGACCUGCAGCACCUAGGUAA